GCGUGAAUGAGAAAUUAUCUAAGUAAUUCAGAUGAAAGAGGAGAUUCUAAGCUUCAAAAUGGUAGGUCAUUUGUCUAUUGUAUUUGCGAUUAAGUUAUGAUAAAUCAUCGAUAAAUCUCGGUUUCGUUUUUUGUGGGACGCACUGUAUAUGUUGGUAUCUGACAAGAAGUUGUGUGUGAACAUUGCUUGGCAAUCAUAAUAGGGGACAAUUCCCAUAACAAGGUAUUACAACUUACUGGAGAUAACUGAUACCCAACUAUCCAAUAUUGCAGUGUGAGAAACUUGUGUUGGUGGGGAUUCCUCUAUCAAUGUUUGUUUGCACUGGUUUGUUUGAUUUGAAAGAAUGACACUGUAUUCCAACUUGUCUAUUCUACAGCUCAGUAAGGAUGUCCAAGUGAAGAGGGAAUUUGAAGAAGGUCUUGUCACAAACUACAGACUGUAUCUUGAAUACAUUGAAAAGACAAUCAAUGAGGUUCACAAGACAAAGGCUGAGAUGAAGAAAGCUAAGGAGAAGGAAGCUCAAAGAAUUAAACCAAGAAUGGUUCUCCCAGACCAGGCCAAGGUCAGCCUAGCUGAGACAGCCACCAAGUGUUUAUGUUCUUUGCUAAAUGCCCUUCCUCACUUCAAUUACAGGACAAACAUCAUCUCUGUGGUAGCUAAUAAGAUGACUAGUAUACAUGAAAAGAUUGCUACUACUUGUUGUCAGUGUAUGAAGCAGUUAUUUAGAAGAGAUUCAACGGGAGAUGCGUCCCUUGAAGCCGUUCGUUUCAUCAGUCGAAUUGCUAGAAACAAUGGAUAUCAAGUUUCCCCAGAGGUCCUGAACACAUUUUUAUCUCUUAGAAUCAAAGAGGUCAAGACAGGUCAUACAGCUGAAGAGAACAGGAAGAAGAUGUUACAGGAAAGAAAAGAGAAAUUCAAACGUUACUCUCGCAAUCAAAAACGGAAAGUUGUGGAGCCAUAA